UUCAGAGACUGAAAUAUGAAAAGUGCAAAAAAAAGAACAUAAGAUCGGCCAUUGAAAGAGACCACGUUUCUACCAGAAAGAUCACCGUCUUCCAUAGAUUUCGCCGCCAGCGUUUCACAAUAAAUAUCACGGUAACAUAAGCUGCAAUUGUCUGGAAGCGUGAGAAACAGUCAGAGAUCUUUGAAUGCUGUCGUCGUUUCACUCUUAAAGGUAAAGUUUAAGCGUCCUUCAUUUUUUUUUUUUACCUGAAACGCCUCUAAUUUCGGUUAGCAUAAAGGAGCCGGUUGCUAAAACCGCACGUAACGUUGCAUGCAUGGAAUGAAAUAUAACGAAAAUAUGUCUUUUACGACAUUACUGACCCCACGUAUUACUUUGAUGGUGUUGUCUAUUGGAAAAAAGCCAUUACUCGACCAUGCACAUGUCACGUGCCAAUAUCGUGCCCCGCAUGACGCAAUAGGAGCUAAAUAACCCUCUCACUCGGCAUCCAGGAAGGCGUUCGUGGCUCGGCAAUAGGCUGGUCGAUCUUAGCGGCAGUGGUCAAGUUUGAGAAGGCUCCCUCUAGGGGCCAUAACAGGUAUAAUUCACCAAACUGAAACUUGUGCUAACUAAAUGUUAAAGGUUUUCCAGUGUGCAAUCGGUUGCAGAAAUGUGACUGUUCCUCGGCUAUGGCUCCCCUGCGUUUGACAAGUAGGGUCAGGAAAUGGCGUGGAGAGUGUCUACCAGCAAGGAAGAAGGAUGCCAAGCCGCGCCCACUACCUUUCCCCCUGGCGGGCACACAGCGUAUAGAGAACUUGAUGAACAAAUCGGUGGUAGAAGCACAUCUAAGAAUUCAGUGAUUCAAUUUGGGAGUCAGUGACGGCUGUUCCUCGAGAGGUGAUCACAGUUCAAAUAACAAUGAAGAAGGUUAAUGUUGCUGCUGCCUUAAACCGCGCCUAUUGGAGUGCCCGGACGUUAGCCGCAUUGAGGGCAGUGGUAUGCAGCCUUUUUUUCAAGAUAGUCACUGGUUGUCUUCUGGUAUACGUGCUCACGGAAGUUUGCUUCGACACGAGUGAAUUAAAAGAAGCACGGCUCAAAACGUUGUUUGAAAGAUUCUCAAUGGCGGACAAAAUAUCUGUGGCGGAUGCGAAACAGCGAAUCAGUACUCUGGCACCGAAUCAAAUCAGUGGAAACGCAGGAGUUCCUGCUGACGUCCUGAGUGAUAGUAAUAGAACAAAUGUCUCUGCAAGGCAGCUGUGCCCACCUGUACCGCCAAAUCUCGUUGGUUACAUACCCACCAAGAUGGAUGUACCAUCCUUAGAGGCAGUAGAAGGUGAAUUUCCCGACGUAAUGAGGGGUGGUCGCUUCCGACCCAAAGAAUGCACAUCUCGACACAGGUUGGCUAUCCUCAUACCAUAUCGAAACCGGGAAGAACACCUCAAAAUCUUCAUAUACAACAUCCAUCGCGUGCUGGCGAGACAGCAGAUUGACUAUGGCGUCUUUGUCAUUGAGCAGGGAGACAAUAAGGAGUUCAACCGAGCUAAGCUCUUAAACAUUGGAUUCGUCGAAUCUACAGCAUUGUACGAUUACCAGUGCUUCGUGUUCCACGAUAUAGAUCUCGUGCCAGUCGACGAUCGCAAUGUCUACACUUGUCCUCAGCAGCCACGGCAUAUGUCUGUGAGAAUAGACGAAAAAUCGGGCGUUCCCUACGUUUUGAUGUUCGGUGGCGUUAGUGCCUUGAGCAAGGAGCUAAUGCUACGGGUCAAUGGCUACUCAAACGUGUACUGGGGUUGGGGAGCAGAGGACGACGACAUGACCUUCAGGUUGAAGCAUAUCAACCAGACCAUUCUGAGACGUCCUGCGGACAUUGCGAGGUACAAGUCUCUGAGACACACGCAAAGCAAGAAGAAUGAGGCCAGGCAUGGCAUCCUUAAGGAUUGGGAAAAGCGCUAUAAGGCGGAUGGCUUGAACAGCCUGAAGUACAAAGUCAUGGAUAUGGCGUUUAAGAAGCUCUACACGUGGAUACUGGCUGACCUGAGAGAGUGAUAGAUAGCUUAUUUAUGCUCCUCGCUUUCUACCGUUUUUUAUUUUUCCGCAUUGCUUAACACGUUCGUGCAAUUUAGUGCUUUAGUUAUUCUUUCAAUUUAUUGUUGUGCUCCUUCCGGUGGCAGUUGCCAGCCCGCUGCUAGUUUUCCCUUUUACUGUCAAGUAUACAGGGUGUCCCACGUAACUUGAGCCAAGGUUUUAAAAAUGGAAGGCGCGUCGUAAGCAAAUUAAACCGAAGCAUACUAUUCGCACUGGCCUAUAGUAAAUCAAGUAAAUUUUCCCCGUAACUCAAUAAUUAAUUAAGUUUAUUUGCCCAACUUUUUAAUUAUUGGCUAACGACGCCAAGUAUGAUGCACAUAUUUGUAGAGCACCGUCAGAAACCACCGAUCGAAUUAUUUCCUGUACGAUUCGCCUCACGUAUUCCUUUUUUCCGGGUUGCAAAGAAAGCCCGCGAAAUAUCAAAAAUAAGCGACGUGACUGAACGGUUGCGCAGUGGUAUCGUGCAUGCAGAGAAGCGUGCGUUCGGUUGACAAGGUCGGGUCUCGUCCGAUGACGGCGCCAAUGCAUGCCGCUGGCCGAGAGUUGCCGAUAACGCCCUGCCGCUUCCCUGUCGCUAGUCACGAUGCAGCCGACCUUGUUCACAUGCAUAAUCUUAGAAGGGUCUGGAGUAUUUCUUUCAGCCUCAUUCGCAUCUGAAAGCACUGCAAGCUGAGAGGCGAUGGUUGGGCGGGCAACCACCAGAAGGAGUUGAGUCUUUUGUGGAAACCAUUUGUGCCAAUGACUCCGAUAGACUCACAAAGACAUUUUCGAUUGCCAUUGCCUUCUUCAUGGCCGUCUGUACUGCCGAACCUAUGACAUCAGAAAGGGAUGAGUCUACUGCGUGAGAUAGGCGAUUUGCUGCGCCUGCAUUCCUGCGAUAUCGCUAUGCAACAAUAAAACGGCCUUCCCGUCCUGUG